AAACAAAAAGAAUGAAAACAACCUAAGGACAAAAUCUUCCAUUUCAUCACUCAUGAAGCUGUAAUAAUGCUUGCACAUGUCUGGAUUGAUCCAACCCUCCAACAGUCGGUUAUAGAUAACUCCAUCUUUCUCCAUCACUCACCAUGUGAUGGCAUGCAUUUCCUGUCCACAUUCAUUUCCUCCACAAGAAUCCUUAUUUCCAUCCCUGUGAGUGGCUGAACCCACCUGAACAUGCAAAUUCUUGCCGUCUGAGGUGUCAAUCACCGCUUCCUCCAACCGCCCACCGCCAUUAUCGUCGAUUGUACUGUGUUAAGCUGCCCAGCUUCUUAAAACCUGAGGUAAGAGCAAUACUACAUGAUACAAGGCGCACGCUGUCCGACUUGGAGCCACAGAAAUUGCUUCUCGAUCUAAGGCAACCUUAGCAGCCAAGUAGGAUGUAUUAUAUAAGGAUGAAUCUACUUACGCAUAUUGCUAGAUGGCAUUUGCUUUUUGAGUGCCACUAAUUGAAUCGCGGUUCAUCCCAUAAUGUCGCAAACCAAUGACCCUGCUCAAAUGUUUGAGGCCUUUCUUGGGCGAUGGUUGAUCGAUCAAGAACGAUACCUGCGAGACCUCCUAGGACUAAUGGAAAGAAACAGGUCCGAGGAAGAAGAGUACGAGGUGCGUUGCAAGGACCUCAUCCAGCAAGUAAUGGGGCACUACAAACACUACUUUGAAGCCAAGGCAAGAGUUGUUGAGGAAAACGUGUUUCUAGUGCUUAUGCCUACUUGGUUUAGCUCGUUCGAGAGAGCCUAUCUCUGGAUUGGUGGAUUUAGGCCUGGAUUGUUGUUCCGGCUUGUGAAGAACAACGUGUUGGACCUGACUGAAGAACAGUCUCAAAGGAUAAAUAGAUUGAUGGCUGAGAUUAAGGAGGAGGAGAAAGAACUCACUGAUGAGUUUGACAGGGUGCAGGAAGUUGUGGCGUCUCCACCGAUGGUGGAAUUGGUGAGGCGCCUGGGGCGGCUGCGAAAUGGGGCACAGCAUAACAUGGAGUCGGCUGUGGAUCGGCUGAAGUUGUCCUUGGAGACUCUAGUGGAGUGUGCUGAUUUUCUGAGAAUGAAAACUGGCAUAAUCCUAGUGGAGAUACUGAAACCGGCUCAAGCUGUUAGGCUCUUGGCAGCUGUGGCUCAGCUGCAGCUCAGAGUCCGCCGGUGGGGAAUGCAGAGAGAUGGCCAGAACCGGAUGCAUAAUGCCAUCUUCUCGGACAUCGAAAGCCGGGCCGUCUAGCUAAGGACAAUUUGGUUCAGUGUCAGGUCUAUCUAUGAGCUGUCUUUGAGGAAGUUCUGGAACAAUAAUAAUAAUAAGUUAAGGGGUACUGGUCUUUUAGUUAUGUGUCAAGUGUUGGUUUUGCUGCCGUUUAGUUGUCAUAAUCUGUUGCUGUGCAAGUUGUCUGUUCUGAGUGAAGAAUGUCUGAAUAAAUCUCUUGCUGUUCCAAGUUGUCUGCUCUGAGUGAAGAAUGUCUGAAUAAAUCUGUUGCUGUUCCAA